AUGGUAAACAACAAAGGCAAAAAUGUGCAUAAACUGGAUGCAAAUAUAAGACGUGAAGAAGCAAAGAAAAAUCAACAUGAUGUUGAACCAGCGGAAGAAUUUCCAGUUCCAGAAGACUAUGGAGAUGGUAGUGUUAUCAUCUUCAUUUGGACUACUACACAUAAGCGCCUAUUAAAGAUGAUUGUUACACAAACGGACGAUGAUUGUUGGGCUUGGGCUUUAGUUAGAAUUUUGCAAUUCUUUUGCAACAAAGAUAUAAGUGUAGUUGCUCAGCAAAUAUCUUUGUCAAAAAAAUCUCUUGUCAAAUACGUGAUAUUGGGGGAGAAUGUGGGAAAGGAACCCGGGGCCCAGAAGAAACUAAAGAAUAAAAGUUUGGCUGUUUCUUCUUUAAAAAGGGCCAUUGACUACAUUCUCAAAGUAGGAAUUGAAAGAGACUAUGGAACAGAGAGGAAUAAAAUCAAGGCGAUAUUUCUUACCAAACCCAACGCGACUUCUGAAGACAUCCUAGGACUACUGGUCCCUCACGGUCUGAUCGGGAUUAGUGUUGAUGUGGAUGACAACUUUCGUGGACUUAAAAAUGAGAUCUACAUCCUGCAUGAACCGCGAGAAGGGAAGAAAAGGCACGCUUUGAUCAUCAUUGGUUAUGGGAGAACGAAGGAUAACAGGCUGUUUUUCAUUGUGCAAAACACAUGGGGUACGGACUGGGGUAUCAAUGGAUAUGGAAGGAUCAUCAUCGAAAAGACAUGCCCAAUCUUUUACGUUGGUGAAUUAGUGAAAUAG